AUGAUACUAACUGGGCGAUGGAGUGUGGUAGAUGAGGUUGAGGUGGAGAUAAGGUUAAGUGCGAGGGUGGAAAGGGACGCAAGACAACACGUAGCUGACUUGUCCCUCCCCCAGGGUGACCCCGACGAGGCUGACAACCCGAGUACGGGAAUCGGUGCUUUCCGCUUCAUGCUCGAGACCAACAAGGGGCGCACGAUGCUCGAGUUCCAGGAGCUGAUGACUGUGUUCCAGCUCCUGCACUGGAAUGGCUCCCUGAAGGCCAUGCGAGAGAGGCAGUGCUCCAGGCAGGAGGUGGUGGCCCACUACUCGCACCGCGCGCUGGACGACGACAUGCGCUCGCAGAUGGCGCUCGACUGGAUCGCCCGCGAGCAGGAGAACCCCGGCGUGAUCUCCCGCGAGCUCGGCCAGAGCGAACGCGAGCUCGAGGCCGCUCGCUUGGCGGGCCGAGAGCUCCGCUUCCCCAAGGAGAAGAAGGAUAUUUUAAUGCUAGCGUGCUCGCAGCUGUCACCUUCGCCCCUGGACCCAUAAUGGUCGGGUCCGGGCACAGGCGCUACCGUGAUAUUAGCACCAAGGUGUAGAGGUUUAUGCUUUCAUCUCUGCAAAAUCAAAGCUAAUUUACUUUUUAUUGUUGUAAAGAUUAUGUUUUGUACUGUUUUCUUGUGUGUGUGUUUGUAUAUAAUGUAAAUAAUCAUUCCAAAGAAUUUUAUUAUGUAAUUAUAAUAAUGUUAAGCUUUUGUGGGGUGCACCGGUGAGCCCCACAUUAAAAUACGCACCCCCAGGAUGUUGCCCUUGGGAGGUCGCCUUGAGAGGUCACCCUCAGGUCAUCCUGAGUUCUUCCUAUGGGGAUCAUUCCAAGCAAUCAGUCCUUGGCAGUUACAUCUUCUGAGUCAUCAGCAAGGAGGCCAGAAGUCCGUGAAGGAUUUUCUUGGAGCAAAUGUGUCGCAGGACUUCAAGAAGAACGUAGCUCGUUAGCUUGAGAGAUCCUGCACAUGAAACGUGCUUCUUGGAAAUCCGCCUUGAAGGAAGUCCUCUGAGGAUUGAUGAUUAAGGAUAUCAGAUGGAAAUGGGCACUUUACCCUUGAAAGUUACUUUAAGAAGCUGUCACUGGUGAGUCUCGUGAAGUUCUGAAGUGAACUGAGUUGUCCUUAGUAUGUCACCCUUGAGAGGCUUUUGUAAUUAAGGACAUCCGCGAACAGGUACCGUUACUGUUUAAUAUUACGCCAAGGAGCCUUUCUUUGGAAGCUACCCUCAAGAAGUUGCCAGUGACGAAACGCCUCUUUUGGAGUCUGUACUUAACAUGGAAGGUUGCUUCUGGUCAAUCAAUCCCAUGAGGUUACUUAAGAACGUGACGGAAUUUUCCCUUGCUGGAUUCUUUUCCUAGAAGGUGAUGUCCGAGGGUGAACCUUAGGAGGUCACUACGCUGUUUGGUCGAGCCAGGUACUGGUUACUGCGCAGAGACUAUGCUGAGCACAUCCACUAACCAGUUUCCUCUCACAUAGUAGAAAGAUGUUCAUUCCAGGAACUGCUUGACUGCCAAUGUUCACACUACCUCCAUCUUCUAUACACUAGUUGUGAUGCCCAUGAAGAUUUUAUUCUCAGAACCUCGGUGGUUUAACAUCUUGUACGGCACUGAUUAUUUUCUCUGAAUGGAAAGGUCAGUAGUUCGUGAGGAUUAGAACAAGUGUAGGAAGCUAGUGAUAGAAAUGUGGGUGAAAAGUACAGUGUAUAACAUAAAGGCAUGAAUAGCAAGUCCCUGGCUUGAGAGACAACCUCUACAGUAAUGAAACUUGCACCACGCUUUUAACAAUACCACCGAGCACCCUCUUAUGUCAGUGCAGCGCGUGCUGAUGGCGCUAUAGGUGGUGGUGUCCAGCAAAUCGUCACAGUGACUCAAGUUGUAAAACUGCAAUAGCAACAGCAACGAGAGCAGCGUAGCACCAGGCGCAACAUCAGCAUAAAUCAGCAGUCACACCCCACGACAGUGCCUCCAGUCUCUGCAGCAAGCACCAGGAUUUGGCAAACUGUACAAGAUCUCAUUUGCUGAAACGUGUUAGGAGACUGAUGCGUUAUGUGCUGACGUUUUUUUGUUUAGAAUGAAAAAAAAAUUGUGUAGCCUCUCUAACUUCGACGCAGUUUGCUUCUUACGUACAGUUUUGUAUACAUUGCUUGGGAAGAUAUUGGUAUUUUAUAACUUUUUACUGCAUUAACAGAUGGGGUGCCUAUGCUCUAGUUGCUUGACACCUACUCUACACUAUGACACUUCUGCAAAAAAACAAAUGCGGCUGACAAUAAAACAAACAAAUGAAGAAAUUCUUCUUCUCUGACCUGAUGUAGAAAAUUAAGAGACAAAAGAUAUCGACAUUCAAUCACCAUAAAAGAUCUGUUCGUAGGGAUACCACUGUCCCACUUGCAUGGCAACAGUACGUAACAAGCACUGUUGUCGCAGUUCUUGGAGAGUUGUGCACAUCUGUAUGUGAUGCUACUUGAAUUUAAAGUACUAUUGUUCUCUCCCUAAGUGAUAUGAGAGACAAGUGGCACCUUGUAAACUUACUUCUUUUCUCAUAGUUUGUGAUGUCUCGUACGUAACGUAAUGUAAGUUCUCCCAAUGCUUUACAUUCCCAUGAUUUUUUAUAUAUAUGUAAUUGUAGUGUGAACUGAUUUCUUUUUUAUGUUUGUUGAUUUAGAUCCUUAGCAAGUCUGAGAGUGCAAUGCACCUUGUGGCUACAGACUGUGCAAUAUGAAUGAAGUGUUUGUGCAAUGGUGUUUGUUGAGCAUACUGGCCUGGAGAGAUGAAGAUGCAGACAGGAAUUUUCUUUACAAUAAUCAGGAAAAAAACUGAAUGAUUUCCCACUCACCAAUUUUCAUAUCAAUAGUGUUUUGCAGUUGCUGUGACCAAGCCUCAGUGCCAAAUAAUCUGUGCCAAUCCCAGUGCCAAGUUUUUGGCUAUAUACUUUGCUUAAAGAAUUUUCCAGUGCCAAAAAUAGAGGAAAGAAAUAAUGCAUUACUCUAGUUACUCCAGGCUGGUGGAGAACCCUAAGACAAUCCUUCUGUCGACAGUUUUGCUAUCAGACACUGGGCUUAGAAUGAGAGAAGUAAGGUGAGGAAGAUGUGUUAGACAAAAUAUGUAACUUGUGAUUGUGAAAGACUGUGUAUGGCCCAAACUAAUUUGAAAAAAAAUAAAAGUGAAGAAACCAUAAUGUUUUUAUACUGCUUUGUGAAGUGGAAGAUUUAAACCCACGUGACAGGACGGAUAGGAUAUUCCUGAAGCGUUACUGAUCUCUAAUAUCGAACCCAUGAAGCAUGACGCUAACUUCAGUCUCGAAACAUUGAGUGGACUGGAUUCUAAAAUAAAUAAUAAUAAUGAUGCACACAUUUCUUCAUGGCACUUCAUUCUAAAAAUGAUUGCAGUCUUCUAAAACAAACGAUGUAUUAACUAAAAAAUAGUUCCAGAACAUGAUCAGAGGUCCGUAAAUCUUCAGUUGCAAAUCUUCCAGUGACAAGCCUCUUUUUGCUGUUAACCCCUUCUCCUCGAGGCAAAAUGGUGACUAUCUUUUGCUACAUAAUGUGAAGAAUUUUUGAUUUUUUUUUUUUUAAUGUUCCCCUUUUCAGUUGGUUUUCGUCUUUUUUUUAGUUAUCAAUGCUAGUCUGGUAUUGUAAUUUGUCUCGUAUUUAUGAUUAUAUUGAUGAUAAUUCUAAUUAGUAUAUUUUAAUUAUUUUAAGUUAAAAGAUAAAACUUCAUGCAACAGACCGUAACGAAGAAAGUGUAAUAAAGCAACUAACAAACGAGUGGAAGAAAUACACCGUCUUCCAUUUUAACUUCAGUGUACAAUAGGUUCUAAUACUAGUGUGCUUGGCCAAUGGUUUCCAUUAUUAAAUCUGCUGUGAUGCUGGAGGAUUGUUUUCCCCCGAAAAUUUCUCAAAGGAUUCUCAAAGGCAAUAGUUAUUACUCCGUCGUUCAACCUUCGAAAAUCAGGCCCGGAAAUGUUCAAAACAAAUAAAACAACAAUAAUCAGCGUAUUAUAUGUACAAUAUGGCCACUUCUUGACAAAUGUUGGUUAAUUCCCUACAGUUCACGUUCUUUUAUAAGUUAUUUAUACUAUAUAUGACUGAUGCAGGAUGUCAAGUUAUUUUAUACAUUAUUAUUAUUAUUAUUAUUAUUGUGGUUUUAUCUAGGUAUUAGUAUUUGGUUGAUAGUGCGCAAUAAAGAUAGUAUCUAACGAUUAUUGAAUACUCUUUGUCGUAACUUCCACUUUUGUAUCCCUCUACACUGAUGAAAUGUGGUCAAAGAUAAUAGGUAUUUAGUAACCAUUAUACAGUCUGGCUUAAUGGACUAGGAUCCCAUCACCCUUUGUAUUGGGUAAUAUUAGUUAGGUGGUCGCCGCUCUUUCGUUGUUCAAACCCACCUACUGUUAGUUCACUCGGCGCUCGUGAGAUGCGAGAGAGAGGCACCCGUUCCGUCUCGUUUUGUUAUAUGCUACUGCCUCUUUGUCCUCUCGGGUUACAGAUUAUGCACCAGUGUAUUGUAAUGUAUGAUACUGUAAAUACUCGUUUGCGGACUCUCUGUUUGUAGAAAUGGAAUCAUAAAGGAUAUUGGAUUAGGUUUCGAGGAGUUGAUGUGAUGUAAAAAAAAAAAAUGCCAUUUGCGUAAAUUUGAUGUUCUUUUAGUAUUGGACUAUCUUCGUAAAUUUGAAGUUCUUUCUGCGUUAUGGAAGUAAUGUGUAAUGGUAAAUUAUUAAAUGAUAAUUAUAUGAUUCUUAAACAAACGAUGAAAGCCUGUAAAGAGACCAAGUAUAUCAGUGUGUCAGUCUACAUAUAUAAGCAUAUGCAUACACAGCCACAUUUACACAUUCAUACGUAUACACAGACACGUACACAUAGAUAUAACACGUAGGCACAUCGGUACUUAUAUACAUACACUAGCAACUGCUCAGACGCGCGAACACACACACACACACACACACACACACACACACACACACACACACACACACACACACACACACACACACACACACACACACACACACACACAAAACCGUCUUCAGUGUAUGCACAUAUACAUAUAAGUGUAUAAAUCAGAUUAUACACCCGCACAAACAGAAACAGCGAAGGUCACCACUUUGCCACGAGAAACAAGAUAACCCCUCCCUUCCCCCUCUGGCUGCCCCCCCUGUAUAGAUUUAACAUACUGGAUUGCACAUUGCAGAAAUUCCUCCUGGUUUCGGACUAGGUUGCAUUUCGUUGUUUCAGAUACGUUUGGUCAACUGUUCCACAUAAUCUCUGCGAAUGCUUAAAAUCCAAAAUAGUGGUACGCAGAAGAGUUCAUCACACAGGUAGCGUGAACCUGGUGGCCAUUAUGGACUGCGAGAACGAAUCUGGGGAAUGUUCACAUUUUUUGGAAUUUUUAUUUGUUAAGGGAACUGUUAAGUCCCGUUAUUGGAAUGUGCGUAACAAUCCAUCGCUGAACCCAACCAGUGUCUGUUUGAUUUUACCUUUAUAUUUUUUAUGUGGAUUUAUAAAUAGUGUUACUAUACAUGCUUAGUAUGUGAAUAGACAGUAUUUUAUACUGUUGUUUGAUUAAUGAUAUUUGUGUCUUCUCAAAAACUAAAAUUGUACCACAGCCGGAUCUUUUGUAUGUCAGUGAUGACUAGAUUUUGUCUUGUGUCUCCCAUGUCUAAUGAAAAUGAAAUUUAUCGCAUAUUUGUAACAUGUAAAACAUAGUGGUAAUGCAUUACAGUUGUAGUUCUUAUUAAAGAAUACUGGUUGUUUUAAGAUGCGAAGGAGUUGACUUCUUUCAAGUAAAGGAAGUAUAUAGAAAUGAAUUUAAACUUUUGCAGGCACUUCUUGGAACGUUUUGUAUUGAUGUUAUUUGUUAAAAAUAAAGGAAAAAAAUAAAUAACUUUAUAAUUCUGAUUAAAGUGACAAGUGUGUUGCCUUAUUUCCACCUUGGAAUGAUUAGAUAUCCAGGUUAGUUAAAACUACUGCAGAUCGACUAAAUUCAGACAGCGGUCUACUCCAAACCCGACUCCCUGAAACAGCUGUCUCCGCAGUCCAAGAAAAGGGGAGCCAAGUUUCCUUAAUUGUGAUAAUUUCCCUCUUCUAGCUGUACCAAACAAUAUAGGCCAAUAAUAAAUCCAUGAGGUCA